AUGAACCACUUCCACUUUUUGAGGGAAUUCUUAUAUAGUCUCAGUUAUUAUUCACUCUGAGAUAGCUUUGAUAAUAUCAAUGUACUUGAGAUAAAAAAAAUGUAUAAAAAGGAACAAGCGUGUAAAAAAACGUAUGUAGUACUUCCUGCUCUAAAAGGAUGAAUUCUGUGUUAUGUGGUGUGAUCGUCGCGCUCAUGCCAGCGUUAGUUUUCACAUCAGACGUUGCAGAUUUCAGCGAGGAUGUCUUAGCCCACGAGUGUGUCCCACGACCAGUGCAAAAUCUCAAACUAACCCCAAACAACACCAUAACCUGGAAUCCGCCUGAAGAUGCUGAAACCUGCACGAUAAAAAAAUACCUACUCUUCAUCUCUAAAGGAGACUACAACUACGUGCUGGAGACAUUAUCUACAGCCAGGUCGGUAUCAGUUGCAUUUUUGGAACAUUGUACCCUCUAUAAUUUCACUGUGGUCGCUGUUUCCACUCAAGACGUUGAAGGAUGGCAGAGCACGUUGAACAUCAAAACGCAAAUGCCAGGUGGCCAAACAUUAUUGACUGUACGAAACGUUACCCUGCUGGAGCAGGGACAAACCGUAGUAGCGAACUGGAGUUUAGACGAAAACCUGCAGAGUUGUGUCCAUUUCUACCGCUUGGUCUACUGGGACGAUUUUAGUGAAGUACCAAAGGAUGUUUAUAUGACGAACACGUCUUACACGAUCCCUAAUGUGGUUCCUUGUAGCAAAUACAAUGUGAAGGUAUCUGCCUGGACCAGCCCGACUCAAGAAGGACCUGUUGCUACUGCGGCUUACACUACAAUUGCAAAACCUUCUGCUCAACCACAUAUUUUCAACCUUGUGGUAGACAAACAUGCUGCCGAGAUGGUCUGGCACCUACCCGAAUAUCAUUGCAAUAGGUGCCCAAUCAGCAAAGUAAUCGUAGAUGCCACUCCUCAAUUCAAACUGACUAUACCCUACCAAGAUUCUCCAUUGAGGCCGGAUGUGGUCAUCAAUCUCACCAAUCUGACAGAAAGCACAGUGUACAAAUGUGACGUGUACCUGCAGAACAACGCUGGCCUAUCACCGCCAGUCCACGUUCUCAUCCAGACACACUACGAACCUACCCCUCCUCCUCCUACAUCUCCCACUCCUGCUCCUACACCCCCUACUCCACCCCCUACAUCUCCCACUCCUGCUCCUACACCCCCUACACCAGCCCCUACGCCACCGCCUACACCAGCCCCUGCACCUCCAGCCCCGAACCCUCUUAAUCCCCCUAGACCUUUGUCACCUCACUAAAUUGCUAUUCCAAUUUUCAUAUGUAAAAAAACAUUGUCCUGGAUCUUGUAAUAUACUUUUUUGUACAGAACA